AUUCUAUCAAUGUAUAGUUCUGUUUCAAUGAAUAAUUGAUAAGAAAAGAAACGCAGAAAAUACUGCUUCCAAUGAUACUAUUAUCCAAUUUUUUAGUGCUCUUUCAUUAUGUGAAAUAUAUUACUGAAUUGUUACGCCACCAAAAUGGAUAAUAUAACAGUGGUAGACGAUCCAGUGGCCCAAAGAUGGAAUUCGUCGUCACUAGAUUUUGCCGAAAUAACUAUAGACAGAAACUUCGCCCUCCUACUGGUUUCCCUUGUAUCUGCUAUGUUAUGGGUCGUUUAUAUAACGUACUAUAAUAGCCGCGUUCUCGGCUAUAUACUGACUAGACUAAUUAAUAAAUUCUACUUUCAAGAUGAAAACUUCAAAAUAGGUUCCUUCACACUCAAUGCAUUAUCUGGCAAAAUCAUGUUCCGAGAUAUUGUAUAUAUCAACUACGACUACACUCUCCGUAUCCAGGAUGGGUAUUUAAUAUUCAGGUGGUGGAGAUCCUAUGUGCCUAAAGAUGUAUCUGAAGAUUUAUCACAUUCUGACACCCGUCUUUCUAUCAUGCUGAAUGGUUUUGAGUUACACUUUUAUAAUAGAUGUGAACUUUAUAAUGAACUGGAAAAAACCUUUGGGCUUGACUCAGUCAUUAAACAACAAAAUGAGGAUGAUUUCACAGACCGCGACAAGGCGAUGAAUGACGCUAAUGAAAAAAGGAGACGAGCACAAGAUACAGUAAGAUCAGAAGCUGCCAUGGCACGUACAUGGCGGGAUCUAAUACCAGUGAUUAAAAUCGAUAUUUGUUCUGGCAGAGUCGUAUUUGGAAACCGCCUUGUUCCCACUACUCUAUCCAUAAGUGUUGAAGAAGCUCAUCUUGUCUACAGUACAAAACCACCAGCUUCUAGUUUAGAUCAUUUAAUGCAUUUUGUUAAAGCCAAGGCUGAAAAUUGUAAGGUGAUUUUAGCACCAAGUCCAAAUUACACUGCUAUGGUUGAUGAACCCCCAAGGUACAUGGGUGAAGGAUUUGUUGUGAUGAGCUCCAAUUAUAUUGAAGUUUAUUUCUAUAUGGAUGAACCAGGAUUAGUUCCCGAACAACCAGUGUUACUGCAGUUAGCGAAUGGUGACAUUGUCGAAUCAGCGCCGCCAAUUUGGGGUGUAGAUAUAAAAUGUGGUAAAGGUACAGACUUUAGUUACGGUCCAUGGGCAGAUAGACAAAGAGAUCACUUAUUUAAAUUCUUUUUUCCUCCAAACUACAAAAAUUUGGAAGUUACUCCACAGCCAAAGCCUGGUGAUAGGAGACAAAUGCAGUCAUUUGAUAUUAGGCUGUCUACUUUGAAUGAAGCUACAAUAGACAUACUUUUCACAAAAAAUAAAGAAACAAAUGCUGUCCAUAUAAAUAUUGGGGCUGGAUCGUACUUGGAAGUGACAUUGCCUUGGAUAGUCUUGCAGGACGGAUACACAACAAAAAUCACAGGUCAGCUGUUGCAUCUCGAAGCAACUACAAGUCUUCAGUAUCGAAGUUUGGCAGAGAGUGAAACUUUAGAAUAUACAGUUAAAUGCCACUAUCCUCUUGUUUGGAACCAUCAUCAGUGUUGGCAAUUAGGCUUGACAGGAUGCAAAGCGACUAUUCACCUUGUUUAUACUCAUAUAGACUUUUUCCAAGAUUUAAUCAAUGAUUGGUCAAGUAAAGCUCGACCAGAUAUCUUACACUUUGUGCCAUACACUUGGAAAAUCUCUUUGCUACUGAAGGAAUGUGAAGUAGUCACUGUGAGCAAUCAGUACAACUGGAUCGAUUGUAGUUCUACUAAUCAAGAAAACAAUCACGUAGCAUUUUGCGGUGACCUUCUGGAUGUGUCUUUUGACUUGCCCUUCAUUGAUUUCUUGCCUGAUUUUAUACCUCUUAAGAUAUGGAUCCAAGGUGAAGCUGUCGAUAUGAGCCUGUACUUGCCAGAAGUUAACACCUCUAGAUUACUUCUGUUAUCUCUUGACAAGAACAUGAAAUUAGUCCCCUGCAGGUUAAAAGCCUCAAAAUGGAGAAGAAAAUGCGUUAAAUCACAAGGGUGGGUGGAUUGUUGGUCAGUUCCUAUUGUGGCUUUAAGUGUCAGAUAUAAUUAUCAUCCGAUACCUCCUUUGGGGCCGGAACCUCAGGCAGAUAUAACAACUCCAGAAAAAGAGGAAAUUCUUUUAUCACCUAUGAGAAUACCCCGAAUGCGAAAGCAGCCACAAAUGAAUUGGACAAUGGAUGGAAACAAAUUCGAUCGAGCUUCACUUCCACCUGACAAAGUUAGUGUGGAACUGGAAGUAGGCCCUUCUAUACUUAUUGCUUAUGGAACUAUCAUCACUAGUUUCAUGAAUUUAUUAGAAAAUAUUUUUGGAGAAGAUCAAACUUUCACAGACAUGCAGAAGUCCCCAAACAAGGAUACAUUCCAUUGGACAAAUGAGAAUUCUACAAAGUUGAAUGACAGGAGCAGUAUAAAUCAAAACAAUGACAUAUCUUUUGACGACUCUACUGAUAAUAGUAAGUGUCCAUUCGACCCUCGGCGUUGUAGACCUUUGGAUGUUACCGUUUCUAUUAUAAUUCACGAUAUUCAAGCUCACUUAGUUAAAAAUUGCAGUGAAAACGAACCUCCGUGUCCAGUUAUUUUGAUAGAGAGGUUUGGAUUUGAGAUGGAUAAAAGAUUUAAAGAAACAAAAUUGCAACUUUUGUUGAGCCCUUCAAUAUUGGUGUCAUCCAAUAACUUAUCCAGGCCCAAUCCAGGAAAUUCUGGAGCUCUAUAUCAAGGACAUUUAAUGCUUUCCUCGUUUCAGCUGCGUGGAAAUGGUUUUUUUAGUGACACCAAUAGAUCUGUGGAGGAAGACACCAUAGAAUAUGCCUGGAUGAUGGAGUUACAGUUAGGGCAACUUACUGGCCGUUUGACGCUUCCUCAAUUGUACCAGAUUAUAUCAUCAUUAGAAACAUUUUUGUUGUUGAUUUGCGACAGUGAAAAUGAAUUGAUCCCUCCAAAUCCACUUAAAUAUUGCCAUCAUGGCAUGAACACUGUUUUAUGUCCAGAGUCAGAUGUCACGUUAAAAUAUCGCUGUCCGACACCAAAUGAAAUAAAGUACCGCAUGAUACGUGUAGCAGUUGAUUUGAUUGAUAUUCAUAUUGCUGAUACUAACACUACACUACAGACUUGGCUAUCACCAGUCAGACUGAGCUUCUGCAACCUGCAUGGAGCAGGUUUUGGAACUGGUGUUACCGGCUUAUUGCCUAAUAUAAAACUUGCUGUCUAUACUCAAACAAAUAUGCAAACAAAUACUCAUCAUAAUUCUACUGGUAGCAAUAGCAGCCACAGUAAGCUACCGGAAAGUGAAAAUUGGGUUGGGGUUGGUUCAGCAUCAUUGGGGCCUGUUUUGAUAGAAGCUGCUUCAUCUCUACCCCAGAGCCCGAAGAAUCUUCAUUUAGUUCAACAAAAGUUCCUAAAACUUCACGACGAUAAGUCGAAACGCUUAUGGUUCCUGUGGCCCAGUGAGGGAAAAAGUUCCCAGUGUGGAUGUACUGGCGGAUGUGCUUUCUUUGGAUCCAAUAGAAAUGGUCCCAAUUUUUUGAAACCCAGUCCUUCGGAUUUUAAUGAAGGAAUCAACAUAGCUUUAUUUAAUAUUAUAGAAACUACUCCCGGUGAAUAUGGUUACGGUCAGAGUUUGCUGCAUACGGGACAGUUAGUCUUCCACACCCCUCCUUAUAACAGUCUGAAUGUUUGCUUACAACCUUCCAACGCUACUACGUUGAUACCGUCACCUCUACCGCAAUCCUUUAAUAGAUCGCCACAAAGUGCUGAGAGGAGAAGUUUGACUAGGAGAUUUUCAUACACUAGCAUGAGCAAAGGCAGCAACAAUGUUUUGGUGUCUAGUACGAAAAGCGACGUACCUUAUGCCCGACUCGUGGAUUCUACUGUUCCUUUGGGAAGCUCCAAAAUUGAUAGUGAUUCCAAGCUAAAUAAGACUAUACUUAAUGUUCCUCAAAUGGAAAGUAGUGUCUCCGACUCCAAACUCGCAUUGAGUUGUGGAGUAAAAGAUAAUUCAAAUAUACCAACCAUUAAAAAACCAGUGCAGACAGAAAUUGAUGCGUUUGUUGUGCCUAAAGUUCCUGCUAGAACAGUAGGAUCAUCAGAGUCUCAUUACUCAUUAAAUUCUCAGAUACCACAGGACGACACAUUACAGAAAGAAGUACAAAGGACGAUGUCUAUAACUAGUGAAAAUCACUCUGAAGCUUUCUUUUCUGCUGACGAGGACAUGUUUCCAAGCAGAUCUUCAAGUUUAAAACAUUCAUUCGGAAGUCGUCACAGCAAUCCCAAAGACAAAAGCUCUUUUGGUAUCAAUGAUAUCACAAAUGAAAAGUGGACCAAUUCUAUGCCUAGAUCUGAAGUGGUAGAUGGACCAGACACAAUAAGUAAUUUAAGUACAGGCGCUCAGCCUGACUCAGAAAGUGGGUCUGUGUCUUCGACUUCGUUUAUUUCCGCAAUUUCCUCACAAGAGGAUAUGACUUUAGUAAAUCUUCACAUGCAGACCAACAAACCAAUAGUAGAUUCUCCUCUGCUCAUGGCGAGCUAUAUACAAAACUUACCUCAGUACAAAUGUACUAAUUGGUAUACAUGUUCCCUACCAAGUGGAAGCGAUGUUUUUACGUUGCCUCUUUUUAAAAGGGCAGACGAUGGAACCUUAGUUUAUGUCGGCCAGAAAUAUUUACCGAAAUUUGAAGCAAUCGGAAAAGUGAAUAUUUUGAAACUUAUCUCUAAAAAGGAAGGUCAUAACAGUCAAACUCAACAUGGCCCAUAUUCGAAUUUAACUCCCCAUUUCAAUAAUCAGGUAAAGGCACAUCCUUACCCACAAGGGUGGUGGGAUAUACAGCAAAGUGUACAAGACAAUCAAGAGAAUACCACUGAUAAGACUUCAUCAUCAAUAGCUACCACUACCAGUGACAGCAAAAGCGGUCUCUUUGUUAAAUUGCGAGGAGAAAUUGACAUUAUGUUGACACCACUAGUUCUGGAGAGUACUCAAAAAUUCGUGGAAUCUUUGACACCAGUUUUGGCGAACAUCCAUCCAAUAACAGUCAUUAAUCACUUACGGUUACUCUGCAUAUCGUCAGUGGAAAAUGCGAACGUUUUGAAACAGAAACAAUAUGUACAAAAUUGGUUGCCACAAAUGCAAGCUCGGAAUCAAUCUAAUGUGAUAAGAGACAAAGAUGACAAAUGCAAACUUGCUACUAUACCGCACACGAAUGUGUAUGAAGAAACUAUUUGUGAACAAUUGCAGGCAACAGUCACGGUCCCGAAGGUGAACUUGAUAUUCAUACAAUCUUCUGUUGUUGAGGACAUGAUAUCCUUUUCCGCUCUCGACAAUAUUCAAGAUUUAACUUGUGUAUCGUUGUUUGGAGUUUCGGUGGAGAACAUUACAGCUAAAUAUGUAAGUUCAAAGAAGACGCUGGAAUCUGUGCAAGUAUAUUAUAGACCGACCCUCAGAGCUCUAGGAAGUAAGAAGACUUUUGGGAUUAUGAAAGGUCCGAGGGCGCUCAUAUCCACACAAUCUUCUGGAUCUGGGCGAAAACGAGGAACGGAGAAGGGUGAUCCUGUCUUCAUAGAAACUUCGCAACAGCAGUCAGAAGACACAACAAUCACACUGAAUGUGGGAAAAGUUCACGGUCAACUCCGUCGAAUCCGUAACGAAUCGACGCUACUUAAGGAUGCCACUAUUACAGGAAUUCCGUGCCAACAUUCCAAAGUAGCUUUUAAAUUCAUAAGAGUCGACCCUACUGCGAAAGGAACAGAAAGUACAAAUCAGAACGGAGGUUCAGAUGGACAGAAGGAGAACUCAAUUGGCUAUAUAAUGUUCGAAUGCGGGCUCGAAGGCACGUCGAUAAAAGUGUCCAUGCAUUCUCUAUCCCAUAAGCCAAACGAUGACAAGAAACCUACGCGGACUGAAAGCGAAAGUUGCCGGGAGUCGGUGAAAUCGGCGGAAGAACUAAAGCCUGAUAAGGAGAAGCCUGCGAAGAGUCGCACGUCAGGCAUCGAGGACUUGUUUAGGAAGCGCGAUUCGAACUCUAAACCGAGUACCCCUAAUUUGGGGAACUCGCAACCGCCGCCGGUACCGCCGGUGCCUCCGGUGCCUCCGGAGCCAUCCACGCCUGGCCCGGACGAACCGUCCAACGAUAGUAACACGGCGGUGGUGCCAGUCAAAGACAACGGGAACACUUCGUCUUGCGCCAUCGAUUUGAAAGUCGUUUGGUUCAAUUUCGCUGCGCCACCGCGAACCCCGAUAACAAAGAAGAUUGACUACACAAGGCUCGACUGGAAUUUACUGAGCACGGCAUCACCCGCGAUCAAUGCUUGGAUGAACCCGUGCAACCGGCUCGGCAUCCGCGUCGUGUCCCUGUACCGUGCGCACGCGCGUCGUCUCACCGCCACAGCCGCAAGUCUAAUGGCCGGCGCGCUAGACCUCGCGCCACACCAUACUCUACCUAAAAGCCGUUACGGCCGUCACACACCGAUGGCUAAGCAAUUGCGAGAGGAGCCGUCCCUGCAGCUGUGCGGAGUGUUGUUAAGACACGCACUGCAGGCGGACGCGGCAGCAGUACAAGCCGACCUUGCAGAGAGACACUUACCUUCACUGUCCACGUUGCGACAGGGGGUUAUAGUACUCAGUCGCCAGUGGAAGAACAUAUUGUACACCCCCCUCCUCCUAGAACACAACUACAAGAGCAAAGUAAUGAAACCACUUAACGUUACGUUCGCUUUACCAGAUCUACUCGAGGAUUCCGUAGAAGGCUGGCAGGAGUAUCCUUUGGACAAUGAGGUUUUGGAUGAAAACUGUCUACUUCUAGAUAUGGAUACCGAAAAGGUGAACGUUCCUGCUCGUGGCGCACAGAGCAGCCGCGCGAGUCUAGUAUUCCCAUCACUGCCGUUCUCUACGCGCAAACCUCCAUUCCAGGAUGAUGCCAUUGCUAACUAUGGUACACUAAAGGAGGAACUACCCACCGUUGGAUCAAAUCCUUCUCUGUACUCCCCUCACGGCAGCGACGAGAACGUUAGGAACGACCGCGCCAGGGAGGACCUGUACCAAUGGAUGGCCAAUCAAGAGCCCAUGAAAGUGGCAGAAUGGCAAUUUCUAUGUUGCUUCAUAAAAAAAUGCUCCAAUAAAGUUAAAAUAGGGUUUCGUAAUGAUAUGUCAAAAUCACUCGCACUGGUCAAUCGCAUUGUUUUGAUUGUCAAAGGAGCCCAAGAGCAAGAAGCCAAUAAUACCCGCGUCCAAGAUGAACCCGCGCGUGAUGGCGGCGUCGAUGCCCGCGUGCAGCCUGUACCCGCUGCAGGGCUCGCUCAUGCUGCUGGACGCGCACCUCGUGUUCCAGCCCUUCCUCGCCGCGCUCGGCGUCUCGCCGCAUCAGGCGAGUCUAAAAAUAAAGGUGGCGGUGAAGGUAGUACUCAGCCGGCAUUAGAGUCGCUCGGAUCGAAGUUGUCGUUACUGGCGUGGGUGGAUACCUUCCGUAUCGACAUCGUUGUGGGAGAUCUAGCCAGAGAUCGACGCCAUCAUCCACAGAAACCCAAAGGUAAUCCGAGUCAUAUCGAUAUUCCAUCGGAAACGCCCGCGUUCCUCUGCGAGAAGGUCUCAUUGGACGUGGACCUUAAAAAGGUUGCCGACAUGGCGGUGGACGAUCUCAUCCAACGUCAGAACGUGUUGUACAUAUCGCGUGGACAACUCAAGAAACAUAUCAGCACUAUGAUCAAUUUCAAUAUCAGCGUGCGUUUUAUAUCGCAACAGGUGAAUAUGCCGCUACUACGUUUGCUGCAUCAGAUCAGCAACAUGUAUCAAAACGUGAAGGACACCCAAACGGAACUGCGCAGCCAGACAAAAAUAUCACAUCGUCAGGACAAACAUACAUCUUCCUCUGUGUCGGACUUCCGCGAGAAUCUAGUGAGCGUGUCAUCGCUGGACAAGCAGUCGCAGUACAGCGCGUUUGUGCCGGGAGUGGGGGCGGGGGCGGGGGUCACGUGGGCGCCACCCCCCGCCAGCCCGCCGCUCGCUCCCCGCCCCCGCCCGCAGUCCUUCGCCCAAAAGCUACGGUCCACCGGCAAGAGCGUCAAGGGAAAACUGGGCUACAGUUCGUUGAACGAAGGUGCUCACACGCCGAUGUUCCCCUCCGGUGGCGUUUCACCGCUCCCCGCGUCGAUGACUGUGCCGCCAGUGGUGCCCAUCGCCCCCGCAGCCCCCGAGGGACCAACCAGCGCAGUCUCGCCCGCGCCCGAUGACAAAGUACUGGCGCCGCGCUGUUGGCGGACCGUGUACUUACUACUCGACCUGUACGCUAACAUGCCAGAUGCUGAAACAAUCACGCAUAGAUUUUCCGUAUCCCGGGAGCUGCCGGAGGGGUGGAGCGGCAGCGGGCGCGCGCGGCCGGGCAGCAGUGCGGGAGGGGGCGCGGGCGGGGGCGGGGGCGGGGGCAGCGCGGCGCUGGCGCUGGUGCUGGUGGGCGUGGCGCGCAUCCACCGCACGCGGCUGCUGGCCUCGCUGUCCGGCCUCAAGCUGGAGGCCGAGCUCACCUCGCUGCAGGCCUCGCUGUCCGCCUCGCGCGCCCGCCAGUGGUCGCUCUCCGGCAACCUCGGCCGCUCCAUGAUCGUGCUGCUCGAGGGCGUCGCGCCCAACCACCAGACUGUAGUUCGUGUCAACGUAGGCAAAUCUCAGGCUUUGUACUCGUGGGAGGCGGGCCGCGCUGGAGCAGCGGGCCUGGCCAGCGUGGGCAGCGUACGUGUCGACCUGCCGCAGCACCCCGUGGCUUUACACGGCGUCAUGACUCGCUCCAGCCGUCAGCUGUCCUCCACCCUGCAGGAAUUGGGCGUAACGCGCACGUCGUCGCGGCUGUCGCGCGGGGGCACUGAGGCGGCGGAGGAAGCGCCCGCCCCCACCCCCGCGCGCCCCCCACCCCCCGCGCGCGCCCCUGACCCACUGCUCAACCCGCUGCAUCUACAGUUCUCUAUAGUGCUGCAGAGCUUAAGCAUUACAGCGGCCCUCCUACCCUCGCUGCAAGCUCAGUACAAGAUGGAGCACGUUCACAGUUCUGGAGUGACGGGAACGAAAGCCCAUUUUACAGUCGACCUACCGCAGCACUCGCUUAGUUUUGUUACGAAACUGCAGGUGAGCGAAGCGAAGCUCCCAGCAGCUGCUUCGGUAGCGUUACCCGCUGUACAAGUGCGGGGGCGCGUCGCCGAGCACGCUGGCGAUACCGCCGACCUGGGGGCGGGGGCGGCAGCCGCGGGGGCGGGGGCUACUAGUGCGGGGGUGAACGGUAGCGCGGAGGGGGUGGUGCUGCGAGCGGGACGAUACCUCGCCGCUACUGCUGACAUUGGACUGUUCGAGCAUACCCUAUCUACGGACCUGCUCAACCACUUGGUCUUUGUGCAAAAAGUCUUCAUGAAGGAAGUAAAUGAAGUUGUACAAAAAGUAUACGGCGGUGAAAAACCUGUGCCGUUGUGGAAUGAAGAGGAGGUCUCCACGUCGGCUCUCAGCAGGAUUCUAUUCUCAUUGAUUAUAAGGAUAAAACGUAUCCAAUUGACUGCGACGACGCCUAGCAACAGUGCCGUCCGCUUAGAAACUGGUGCGGUGGAAUUUGAAGUAUCGAAUCGCGUACAGAACGUACCGCGCGCGGACUCGCAAGGAUCGCCGCGAUUGUUUGCGCGCGCGCACGUCCUGCUCAACCUCAGUCUGGGACAACUCAUACGGAACGCUAUGUUCGAUGAAGCGGAACCAGAGUUUCAACAAUAUGCUUUCUUCAAUACUAGGAUAGCGAUGCGCAACGCAUUUCAAGACGAAAUGGUAGACGGCGAAGAUAAAGAGGUGGUACUGAUUACCCUCAAGCGUCCACUGAUCUACAUCCAGCCAGUGGCAGUGGAUAAAGCGAUUCUCGUGUGGCUCAACUACAAGAAUGCUUACGAGUACUGGAAUGAGAAGCGUCUCAAUCUCAACAAAGAGGUUCUAACUGCUACGCAACAAGUCUUCGAGAAGGUGCAACAGUCGUCUGCAGCGGCGGCGCCACACCCGAGCACGCUGUUCUUACAAUUGAACGUUGACGACAUCGGCAUCUGUCUACCGCUCAAUCCACCGCCAGUGCCCGCUCGUGGGGCGGGGCGAUGCGAAUCCGAAGCUCGCGGCGCCGUAGUGGUCACACUGGAGAGUACGAGCGUGGGCGCGUGCAGUUCUGGAGCACUAGUCAGCAAGGGUCGAUUCGUCGGUCUGUGUUUACGCUUUGCUGAUGACUUUGAAGCGUCGCUGGAUGACUGGCGGCCUGCGCCGUUAGAGCCCAGCCUUAACGUCUGCCGCGUAUCAGAAGGCACAUACGAAGUCUGCAGUCGGACCACUGCCGCUAAGAAACAUGAGAAUGCAAAAUGGUUCUUGAACGUAUCGUGGCAAAUGGAAGGAGUUGAUAUCCAUCUCGAUGUAAAUGUCGGCAAGCAGCUAUCCGCUCUAGGUCACACGCUAACAAUGCUCACAGGUUUUGAAGAAGAAGAUCCUUUGAAAAUGGAUUACGAAAGCGACUUUGACGAUGAAGCAGACAAUAGCAAAGAUUCCCAGGAGAGUAUAAUCCUUCGGCGCAAGUGCACGGACCACUUGCCGGCCUUCGUAUUCGAUACAAGCAUAGACUCGAAGCAACGGUCCAAGUUGAUAGAGAAGGAGAUGAACGAACAGGCGAAGAUCAUCAACGAUCUGCGUACGCUCGGCGCCAGCCACUCCACUAUCGAGUACGAGAUGAAGAGGUUACACGAUCUGGAAGCGCUCGUCUUCAAAGAUUUCCGAAGGGAUAUGAUCCAGAAACUUCGACGACAAAGUGUACGAGCCAGCUCUAUAACCAAAGGCAAGCUGGGCCUCGGCUCGAAUCGUUCCAGAUCGUUCAUGGCCGCGGACCCGCCGCCAGAAAGACACGACGUCGACAGGUCAGAAGUUAACAUAAAUAGUGAAGUGGGGAGUGCAGGAGAGCCCAGUUUCGGAGUAAUGGGCGGCGUUGGUGAUUCGGGUGAAACAUUACUGCUGGGGGACGAACACGACCGCCUCGCUGAUAUCAUAGAAGGCGGCAGCUGGAGCUCUAUGGAGAGUGAGCCGCUAGCAGAAUCGAAGACUAGUCCAGCGUCUGGCCCGUCCCGGUCGGCGUCGCUGCGGUGCGCGGGCGCGGGCGGCGGCGCGGGGGGCGCGCGCUCGGUGACGUUCCAGCCGCCGCCCGUGCAGCGGCAGAGCUCGCUGCCCGCGCACCCCGACCACUGGCCGGCCGACCUCGCCACCGUGCAGCUGCGCCGACACGCCGACCACAGCGCUGGCGUUGACGGCCAGAAUUCUGAAAGCAAACAAAACAAGCCCAAAACCGCAGAGCCGAGUAUAGACUUUGAGUUGGACGUGAAAGUUCACAUUAAUAGUGGGAAAUGCGUCCUCCACACCAAGGAGCCUUCCAGAGAGGACGACAUGAAGAUCGGUGGGCGCAUGCGCGUGGGUCGCUCUACGUCCGGUGGGCUGGGCGAGACGGGCGCGGGAGGGUCGCCCCCCGGGCCCUCCGCCCCCGCCCCCGCCCCCGCACCUCCCGCCAGCGGGGGCGCAGCAGGGGGCGGCCGACGCAAGGGCGCCGCCCACGCUGCGCGGCACCAGCCCAGUUUAGACCUCACCGUAUUCCGUGUUCCGGGACUAGACCUGAAGGUGCACUACGAAUCCAAAACCUUGCCGGAAGAGGCCGCGUCUCCUCUAUCGAGCGGCGCUCCGGCUCGUAAGGUGGCCACGAAAAAAGCGGCCCUGUUCGCCUGGAUCACCGUUCAGAGUAUACCCGAGGAGACCAUUAUCAGCCCUCAUAUACUAGAGUUCUUGGAACAAACGUUGGAACCGAUACCUACGAAAGCAUUUUCCGCUCCCCCUCCCGAAGCGGGCGACCGAUCGAGCGUGGGCGGGGCGGAAGCGUCGGAGGGCGCGGGCGGCGCCACGUACGGCCAGUACGUGUACGCGUCCUUCCCCGUAGACGUGAUCGUACAAUUCCACAUGCAGCCCUCCACCUUCCGGUUCAGCUGUCUGCCCGCCUCGAGAGUAGAGUGUCUAUUGCAGCUGCCCAGUCUCCAGAUAGUGUUCAGCUCCAAGCGAGCCGGCGACGAAGAGAUGUCGGAGCCGGCCGUCGCGAUGGGUGGGCUAAGCGUGACCGGUUGUUUGGCUGACUUCUCUGUGUACGUGUUCCACCCGUACGGCGGCAAGAAGUCCAGUCUAAAGGAGGCGCAGUGGUCGCCACUGUCGGACACCGAACGGAAAGAUUCGCUCUCCAUCAACGUCGAGUUCGUCAAGUUCCACCUGUCUCGCUCGCGCAAGCUCGACUUUCAAGCGGAUCAUGACCAGUCAAAGGCCACCGUUAGAUUCUCUACUAUCGUUGACGUUGGAUCGGCGUGGUUCAAAUACGACAUGCGUCGCCUGAGCGAGAUCCUGGCGUUCCCGCGCGCCUGGUACCGCCGCACCAUCGUGCGACGCAUGUUCUUGGGGGACCUCAGUCUCAACGAACAGGGGUCGUCAUCAACUGUACCUGUAUCACCGGUGCUACCUCAGAGAGAGAAAACAAAGACUGUUGAUCAUCAAAAACCUAAAGAGAGUAAAGCGUUGCCGCCAAUGCCGGGCGCGGCGUGGGAGACCCUGGUGCUAUUCGCCGUUAACUUCACGCGGCUCAACGUGCACAUGAACAUGGGCAACGUCAUGGGGAACGUCAGUUGGCAGAGCCGCGACUUCCGUUGCUCGGGGCGGCUGAGCAUCGGCAGCACGGGCCGCCGCAACAUGCUGCUGGGCGUCGCGCUCGCCGGCUCCGCGCUCGACGCGCGCGGCGGCAUCGUCGGCGGCGCCAUCUCGCUCUCCUCCAUAGAUACAUACGUGCACAUAGAGGAGGAGCCGGGCUGCAGCCCGGGGCACGUGCUGGGCGUGCGGCUGGCGGCGCUGGAGCUGCGCCUGGAGUACAUGGGCACGCCCGUGCUGCUGGCGCGCGUGUCGCGCCUGCGCGCCAACCUGCGCGACCACUGGCUGCAGCGCGCGCACGCGCCCGCGCACGCACGGCCAGCGAUAAUCCUGACUCACGGCACGCUGAGUUGGCACCAGCUCCAGAUCCUGAUGAGCCGCAGCACAACACCGGACCUGUUCAAGAUGCAGCUAAAGCUGGAGGAGUUCUUCACGCAGCAGUUCAAAUCUAGCAAGCGCGUGUUUAGCUCGCUACAUCCCAACUACUCCAACGCGAAGAAAGACAAGCGGGAACCGGCGGCAGGCGGCCCCGGGCAGGCGGGCGCGGGCGCGGGCGCGGGCGCGGGCGGCGGCGCGGAGGCGGGCGCGGAGCUGCGCCACCACCGGCACUGGCAGCGCGUGCUGCGCCUCGUGUCCGGGCUGCACCCCUCCACGCUGCCCGCGCCGCUGCCAGACAACGGAACCAUUUUGGGUGGUACAAUGGAGUUACACGGCACCAACAUAUCGCUGGCGUGCUUCCACGGGAACAGCUUCAAGGCUAAAUCGUGGGCUCUCUUCAGCCUCAAGGACCCUUGUAUCAGCUUUGCCACAGAGGCCCAACAGAUGACCAACGAACAAGGAUCUAUGGAAGUGCAAGUAACGCAAUCUUUGACCGCGUCGCUGGGGGGCGCGGGUGCGGCCGCGGGGGCUGGGGUGGGGGCGGGCGCGGGGGCGGGCAGCGGGCACCAGUCCCAGGCGACGGUGUGCCGCAUGACGAGAGCGCUCAUAUUCCCGCCGCAGUUCAAGACGCUGCGCGAGUGGUUCCAGUAUGCUUUCGCCAAUAGCGAAAUCGACGCAAUCGAGCUGUUCCCCUCGCUGGAGCGGGAGGGCAGCGCGGCGGGCGUAGCGGGCGCGGGUAGCGCGGGGGGGAGCGGUGGCGGCGGGGGCGGGGCUGCGGGUAACGCGGGGGCGGGGCCGGGGGCCGGCGGGGGCGGGGAGCGCGGAGAGCGCGGGGAGAGGGAGCGGGCAAAGCCGGGUGCGGACAAGCACGUGCGCGAGGUGAUAUUCGCGCUGCCCUCGCUGCAGCUGCAUCUGAGGACCAAACACCUGCAGCCCAACGUGCCGCCCGCCGAUACGGAUCCAAAACCAAUAGUCGAGUGUAGCUUCAUAACGGAGUUCGAGGACCAUAUAUUUGUAUCAGUAGAUGCUGAAGCAUUCCUUUUCCUACACGAUCUGAUCUCAUCUUAUAUCAAAGAAAAAGAACGAGUUAUGCCGGCAUCUCGUGCGUCGUGGGGCGAGACUAGCGGCAAUAACACUCGGCCCGCGCCGCCACAGGACUACCGCGACUACAACUGCGUCACCUGGCACCUGGAGCCCACCGUCAGAUUGCUGUCGUGGGCGGGUAAGUCGAUCGAGCCGUAUGGCGUGGAUUAUAUUCUUCAGAAGUUAGGUUUCCGUCACGCGCGGACCACCAUACCCAAGUGGUUACAGCGCGGCGCUCUGGACCCCCUCGACACGUUACUGGCGCUAGCUCACGCGAGACUGGUCGCGCUAGUACCGCGGAAACACUAGACCAUCAAUACUAGUCAUCAGGAAACUCGAAAACGGACCACUACAUAUUUCUACGUCAACUAUUUAAUUAUUUCAAACGUAGGGAAAACUGCCAGAAGGGUAGAUUGGACCCCGAGUAAUUUUAAAAGGACUAAAUUAUAUUUUGAAAAUGAUCAUCACAGAGAAAGACCAAAGAUAAUAUUCAAUGUAUGUGAUUUUUUUAUGGCUUAGCAAAUGUUGAAUAUUCAACAACUGCAUGUAAGGAAUGAAAAGAAGGAUAAGUACAAUUCGAGGCAGUAAACGAAGCAUUUUAAAAUAAAUGUCUCGGUUUUUAUUCAAACAAUAUUUUUUUUAAAUAAAAUCUAUUAUUAAAUGGUCAAUAACACACGUUAUAAUAUAAUUUUUAAUUUUGUCAAUAAAUUAGUUCUGUUCGACUGUUCUGUAUCGACCAGUUAUUAUUAUUUUGUAAAAAGACACUUCAGGGUCUGUUACAUUGUAAAAUUAAUGCAAUUGUCAAAGAUUAACGUGGUUAUCCUCGCUUUUAGUGGUCAAAAUAAAAUGAGAAUGGGAUAGAUCCACAUUCUACAUUGUAUAUUAGGCAAAAUUGAAAUAAUAAGCUAGGUCAGUGAAUUUAUAAAAUUAUUUAAUUUAUAAUAAAUAUUUAUUUCUGUAAUAAAGUGUAAUGGUGUGGUAUGUUAUUGGAUACUGUAUGAUUGUAUAAUUUAAUUUUGCUAUUUAUUGAUAUUAACUGUUUUGCAUGACCACAAAACAGUGUAUUUUUAUGUGUUGAAUAAACUAAGCCGUUGGAGUUUGGUUUGGGUCACUAACAUAGGGGUCAACUCUCACUUUAAAGGCGCAGUGUUAUAGAAAAUUCUAGACUAUAAAAAUAAUGUACUCAUUAUUUGCCUUUUAAUUAUUGACACGACAAAAUUAGUAUCAUAUUCAACUACCCGAAGGUAUUAUAUUCGAUAAAUGGUAUAAAUAUUUUUUGUUUACAUCGUUUUGGAAACAAUUUAACUAUUAAGACUAACAAUAGAAACUAAAUACUUGAAAAAGACUAAUUAAUUUCAGAAAAGUGUUAUUACUAAAUAUGAAAUCAAUCAUAUUUAAAAAUUGAUUUAUGAAUCAAGUACCUGACUAAAAGUGCUGACGUGAUGUCUUAAAACGUGCACUCAAAAUAUUUAUGUCAAGUGUAACAGUUGCACUGCAAAACCCGCCGUCACUUUAUUGCAAUAAGGUCGAUCUCAAAUUCAGCAUGUUACGCUUGAUGUUCCAUGUCGUAAAAUAAAAUGCUAGGAAAGAAAUAUUGGAAUCAUUUAAAAUAAAACUCUUAAACAGCUUCUAAAGCGCAUAUGUAAAAUUAUAAGAGUAUGUGUGCUUUAAAAGUGAAUAGUAAAGACGUAGAUAGCAUUGAUAUAGGAUUUUUAUCACGUAUAUAGUUAAUCAAAAUACUCUAAAAUUCUAUUACUAUUAUAAUAAAAUUCAUAAUUUGAGUAAUAAAUUUGUAUAAGAGGUCUAUAGGUGUUCGUUCUCAAUACACUGCCGAUUUAUAAAAAUAAUGUAGCAGUUGAAGAGUCGGUGCAAAUCUGAAGGAAGAGCCGUCGAGCGUGCAAGGUUGAAUGUCAUAUAGUUUUAUUGAUAGUUCUGAUGUUCUGUGACCAAUGAGACCGGGCGCAUCUUCCGUCGAUA